UCCGGUCAUGUGGGUGACGUCUCCCGCCGCCAGCGGGCGCAGAGCGCGUAUUGGCGAACUGUGCGGUGAAUUUUUUCGUGAGUGGGCCUUCUCUCUUCUCCGGACCAUGGCCACCGACUCGUGGGCCCUGGCAGUGGACGAGCAGGAAGCGGCUGUCAAGUCGAUGAGUAAUUUGCAAAUCAAGGAAGAGAAAGUCAAACCAGAUACUAAUGGUGUUGUCAAAACCAGUGCUACUGCAGAGAAAACAGAUGAAGAAGAGAAAGAGGACAGAGCUGCCCAGUCCUUACUCAACAAGCUGAUCAGAAGCAACCUUGUGGAUAACACAAACCAAGUGGAAGUCCUGCAGCGGGACCCAAACUCCCCGCUCUACUCAGUGAAGUCCUUUGAGGAGCUUCGGCUGAAACCGCAGCUUCUCCAGGGAGUCUAUGCCAUGGGUUUCAAUCGACCAUCCAAGAUACAAGAGAACGCGUUACCUAUGAUGCUCGCUGAGCCCCCACAGAACCUGAUUGCACAGUCUCAGUCUGGUACAGGUAAAACAGCUGCUUUCGUCCUGGCCAUGCUCAGCCAAGUGGAACCAGCAGAGAAAUACCCCCAGUGUUUGUGCCUCUCCCCAACAUACGAGCUGGCGCUUCAGACGGGAAAAGUGAUCGAACAGAUGGGCAGAUUUCAUCCGGAACUAAAGCUUGCAUAUGCUAUUCGAGGCAAUAAAUUGGAAAGAGGCCAGAAGAUCAGUGAGCACAUUGUCAUUGGCACCCCUGGGACUGUCCUAGACUGGUGCGCCAAGCUCAAGUUCAUCGACCCCAAGAAGAUCAAGGUGUUCGUCCUGGAUGAGGCUGACGUGAUGAUAGCUACUCAGGGCCACCAGGAUCAGAGCAUCCGCAUCCAGAGGAUGCUGCCCAGGAACUGCCAGAUGCUACUGUUCUCUGCCACCUUUGAAGACUCGGUAUGGAAUUUUGCCCAGAAAGUGGUCCCAGACCCAAACAUCAUCAAACUGAAGCGCGAGGAGGAGACGUUGGACACCAUCAAGCAGUAUUACGUCCUGUGCAAUAACAGGGAUGAGAAGUUCCAGGCCUUGUGUAACCUCUACGGGGCCAUCACCAUUGCUCAAGCCAUGAUCUUCUGCCAUACCCGCAAAACAGCCAGUUGGCUGGCAGCAGAGCUCUCAAAAGAAGGCCACCAGGUGGCUCUGCUGAGCGGAGAAAUGAUGGUGGAGCAGAGGGCUGCAGUGAUUGAGCGCUUCCGCGAGGGCAAAGAGAAGGUUCUGGUGACCACGAACGUGUGCGCCCGCGGUAUCGAUGUUGAACAGGUGUCUGUCGUCAUCAACUUUGACCUUCCCGUGGACAAGGACGGGAACCCAGACAACGAGACCUACCUGCACCGGAUCGGGCGCACGGGCCGCUUUGGCAAGAGGGGGCUGGCAGUGAACAUGGUGGACAGCAAGCACAGCAUGAACAUCCUGAACAGAAUCCAGGAGCAUUUCAAUAAGAAAAUAGAAAGAUUGGACACGGAUGACUUGGACGAGAUUGAGAAAAUCGCCAACUGAGCAGCUCCGCCAGUCCCUGGUGUCCCCGCGCUCCUGCUGCCUGGAGCCUUGUGCUCUCGCGGCACAGGCCUCAACAGUCCCCACGAGGAUGGAGGCCCGAGCAGAGAGGAACUACCUACCUCAUUCUAAAUUACGUUUGGACUUGACAAAAAUUGUGCAAAUGAUGGGGGAGGUAGAAGGAAAUUUUGCAUUUUAGACAGUGUUGUCCUUUUCCUUCCUUGUUUAAGCCACAUUUUCCCCCAUUUUUCUAGUAAUCUGAUCGGUGUUGGUAAUCACUGUCCCUGGGAUCUCCUGGCUAGGAGUGUUGGGAUCACCUGCCAGCUCCACAGGAAGCGAUCAAGGUGGAAUGCAGGCAAGGCCUGGGCUGUAGGGGUGUGUGUCCCCAUGGGUGGGUUGUGAGGAGGAACAGUUUGGAGCCUGUGAGCUGCCCGCCAGUCCCUGCCUGAGUCUGUCACAAAUGUCUCCUGCCUUUGGGCCUUCAGGGCCUCCCUUCCUUUUUCUAAAAUCCAGAGACUUCCCACUAAUCUCACAUCUCUGUUCUCGGUACCAGAGGAUAUCCAUGCUUCUCCCUGGGUGAGCAUCUUGGCUGCUUUUGUGAAUCUUAGAUUUGGGGAGAAACAUGGAAGUCAGUAACUCUUCAGAGGGGCUGGUCCAGCAAGGGUAGAGGAAUCCUUCAAGGAUCUGGGCCUCUGUUCCGCAGUUGCUCUGUCUGCUCAGGCACAUGGCAAUGUGACACACCUGCCCAAGUGUGCAGGUUCUAAUCCAUGGAGUGUCACACUGUGCCUGGAGGCGAGCAGCAUAGCUUGGCAAGGAAGCUAUGACCAGUGAAAACUCUGACUUGCUGUUCAUCUGCUCUAAUGGAUCUGUUGGUUACUCUAGUUUGCACAUUGUCUGUAGAAUAAGGACCAAUGAAUUAGUUGUGCUCAUUAUGGUAAGAAAUUUUAAAACAAUUAUGGAUUGCUGUACUAAUCAUGAUUUGUUUUUAUUUGUAUUUUUUUGCUUAUUAGACUAAUAUAUGCUCAUUUAAAAGUA